AUGAAUCUGACGAGCAGUGAAAUAAGAAUUGUGCUGGUUGGAAAGACUGGAGUAGGAAAGAGUGCAGCAGCAAAUACCAUCCUGGGAGAAAAUGCAUUUAGAUCAGACCUGUCUUCAUCAUCCGUGACCACAGAGUGUGACAAAGUCAGAAAAAAUGUCAAAGGGCAAAAAGUGGCUAUUAUUGACACUCCAGGCUUGUUUGACACAAAAGAGAAAAGCACCGUCAUUGAGGAAAAGAUUAAACUGUGCAUAUCCCUCUCCGCACCGGGACCUCAUGUUUUUCUCAUAGUUGUGCAGCUUGGGAGAUUUACUGAAGAGGAAAAAAAUACUGUGGAGCAAAUUCAGAACAUCUUUGGUGAACAAGCAUCAAAAUACACCAUAGUGCUGUUUACACAUGGAGAAAAUUUAAAGAAAACCCAAAAAAGCAUUCACAACUUUGUUAAAGAAUGUCCAGAUCUGCUGAACUUUAUCAAAACUACCAGUAGGCGUUAUCUUGUUUUUGACAACAAUGCAAAUGAUCCAGAACAGGUUAAUGUGCUGUUUGAACAGAUUGCUCAGCUUAUGACUGUAAAUGGUGAAGAGUAUUACACUAAUGAUGAUCUUCGAGCAGCUGAGAGAGCGAUAGAAGAAGAAAAAGCAAGACUUUUACAGCUAAAAAUAAAAGAGCAAGAGGCAAGAGACAGAGCAGAAAGAAACAAUCAUUUUCUAAAAGCUGGUUUGGUUGUGGCAGGAGGUGCUGCUGCUGCUACUGUCUCUGCUGCUGCUGUUGGUGUAAAGCCCUGCUGUCUUCAGUGA